GAUGGCAGCCUGCUUGUGCCAGGGAUGGCUGCUCUCAAUGCUCCCUGCCAUCCUGCUCAGCCUCCGCAGCCCGCCGUCGGCCCCCGAGCCGGUGACAUCCCAAGAUGCUGCGCUGCUGGCGGGGGUGCCCGAGGACAUCCUCUGCUUCUCCCGCUCCUUCGAGGACCUCAUCUGCUUCUGGGAUGAAGAGGAGGAGGAGGCAGCGAGUGGGAUGUGCCACUUCUACUACUGGUACAGCAGGGACGUGCCCACGGUGUGCACGGUCUCCACGUGGCGCCAUGGGGCCGGGGGGAUACGGCACGUCUGCGUCUUCCCCAGCCAGGACGUGCGGCUCUUCACCCAGCUCCACCUCUGCGUCCUGGAUGCCACCACCAACCAGACCAAGUACCAGCGGGAGCUCAGCGUGGAUGCAGUGGGUCUCAUCGCUCCUCCGGUGAACAUCACAGCCCACUGGGCUGGGGCUGCGGGGCAGCUCUACGUGUCGUGGCAGCCGCCACUCGCCGACUACCUGAACUUCUUCCUCUACGAGGUGCAGUGCUGCCCUGCCAGCUCCCCAGAGAUGCCCUGCAGCACCAUGUUGGACCCUGGCGGGCAGCACCCCAGGGACCCCUCCAUCCAUCCAUCCAUCCCCACCCGUGCACCCACAGCCAGGGCAGCUGCAGCCUCCCUGGGAGCGGGGCAGGGGCUGGUCCAGGCCAACACCUGGGUGGUCCUCCGGGACCUGCGGCCAGGGGUGAGGUACCACAUCCAGGUGCGCAGCAAGCCUGACGGCACCUCCAUGGACGGCGUCUGGGGGCCCUGGUCACAGGCAGUGGCUGCGGAGACACCCCGCUCCUCCGGAGACAUUGGGCUGUGCUGCAGCACCCCUGACCUGCGGCACGUGCGCUGCGAGUGGAGCUGGGAUCCCGCAGAGCCCCGCGGCUCCCACCAGCUCUUCUACCGGCCACCUCCGAGCGGGGCCGGCACAAGGGAAGACGCAUGGCAGCGGUGCGAGGAGGUAAGCGUCAGGGCGCAGGACACCCAUGCCUGCACCUUCCAGCCCAGGGCUGGCAGCGCCAUCUCCGUCCUGGUGAACGUCACCCGGCCCCAUGCGCUGUCCACACUCAGCUACUUCAAGGAGCCCUUCUGGCUGCACCAGGCUGUACUCACAGAUGCCCCGCAGCUCGUGCAAGCGACGGUGUCGCAGGGCCGGCUGAGCCUGCAGUGGCUGCCGCCCCUGGAGGCACUGGCAGAGCAGCUGGACUACCAGGUCCGCUAUGCCGUGGAGAACAGCCAUGACUGGAAGGUCCUGCAGGUCCCGCAGGCAGCCAGGAAAGAAGUUCUGGACCUCCGGCCAGGCGCCCGCUACCAUGCCCAGGUGCGGGCCCAGCCCAGCGGGCCAUGGUACCAGGGCAGCUGGAGCGCCUGGUCCAAACCUGUCGUGGUUGACACCAUGGCCGAUGCGGGCUGGAUCAUCCCGAGUGUUACGGUGGUGCCACUGCUCUUCACAGGAGUGCUCCUGGGGCUGCGGUGCACCUUCCCCUCCCUCUACAGCAACGUGAAGCAGAAGCUCUGGCCCCCCGUCCCUGACCUGCACCGCGCACUGGGCAGCUUCCUCCACGAGAGCAGCAAGCACGGCCAGGCCAACGCCUUCUACAAGCAGCCGCCGGAGGAGGCCGUCCUGCCCUGCCUGCUGGAGGUGCUGCCCGGCCCGCGGGGGGAAGCGGGCGCGCCGCCGCGGCCGGAGCACGCUGCCGGCCGGCUGCCCAGCACCGACAUCGCCAACCAGUCCUACUUGCUCAUGAGCGGCUGGGAGCCGCGCGGGCCGCCCUGA